AGCCCAAAAGUCUCCGUCGCGUCUUCUUCCUUUUCCCUCCCCAAUUUUAAACCUUCUCUUUCAGUGGAGUGGAAAAACCAAAAACGGUGCAAAAACAAAGGCCCCUUUCGAAAAAGAAAAAAAUCUAAAACUGAUAACGAAGCCAAGAAAAAGCAAAGAAUUUAGCGGAAAAUCAAGUGAGCCUCGGAGGAUCUGAGCAAAAGAUGAUGAAACUUUUUGGUAGGGGGAAAGAGUCCUCCCCUAAUGUGUCGCCGCAAUCGUUCGGACACUCGGCGUCUCCGUCUUCGUCUUCGGAGUCUCCGGUGACCGGUCCCGCAAGACCGAUUCGGUUGUUGUACUGCGACGAGAAAGGGAAGUUCCGGAUGGAUCCGGAAGCCGUCGCGGCUUUGCAGCUUGUUAAGGGGCCAAUUGGAGUCGUUUCGGUCUGUGGCCGGGCUCGUCAGGGGAAAAGCUUCAUUUUAAAUCAGCUUCUUGGAAGAAGUAGUGGGUUUCAAGUAGCAUCAACUCAUAGACCGUGUACAAAAGGGCUUUGGUUGUGGAGUGCACCAUUAAAGAGAACUGCUCUUGAUGGAACUGAGUACAAUCUUUUGCUAUUAGAUACUGAAGGAAUAGAUGCCUACGAUCAAACGGGAACAUACAGCACUCAGAUAUUUUCCCUAGCUGUCCUCUUAUCUAGUAUGUUCAUCUACAACCAGAUGGGAGGUAUAGAUGAAGCUGCCCUGGAUCGUCUCUCUCUUGUCACUCAAAUGACAAAACAUAUUCGAGUCAAAGCUGGAGGAAGAACGACAACAGCUUCUGAACUUGGGCAGUUCUCGCCAAUAUUUGUUUGGCUUCUUAGGGAUUUUUAUCUGGAUUUGGUGGAGGAUAAUAGGAAAAUCACUCCCCGUGACUACCUUGAGCUUGCUUUACGGCCAGUUCAAGGUAGUGGGAAAGAUAUAGCUGCCAAAAAUGAGAUCCGAGACUCCAUUCGAGCUCUAUUUCCUGAUAGAGAAUGCUUUACCCUCGUGAGGCCUUUGAACAAUGAAAAUGAUCUCCAAAGACUUCAUCAAAUUUCGCUUGACAGACUGAGACCUGAAUUUCGAGCUGGGCUUGAUGCAUUUACAAAGUUUGUUUUUGAGAGAACAAGGCCUAAGCAGGUUGGGGCUACUGUAAUGACAGGUCCUGUUCUUAUUGGUAUCACUGAAUCUUAUCUGGAUGCUUUGAAUAAUGGUGCAGUGCCCACAAUAUCUUCCUCAUGGCAGAGAUUCACCCUUUCAGCUCGUAAUUUCGCUUGGACCACCAAAAGACUUCACUCAAGUAUGCUUCAUAUAUUCUUCUUGCACCAUCCCAUGUCCGCACAAGGAAGAUCUAAUUCUCCGGGAGCGGAAUAA